UCAGAGCCUCAGUGGGUCAGCUGAGCCCUGUUGUCUUCUGCACCACUGAGCCAGGAUCACAAUUGAAACUGCUCUGCUCUGCUGGGACCUCCUGCACAGCUUCAUCAUGUCUCUCAGACUGCUGCCUGCAUUCGCCACGGACAACGACGAGGACGACGACGGAAACUUCACCAAAUGGAUGAGCAGUUACUGGGGUCACGGAGCAGACACGGGCCGCUCCAGAGAGAGAAAACACAGCUUCAGAGGGCCGUCGAAACAUCACGUUGAUCGAAGAGCAUCACUCCCAACUGUGGCACAGUUAGAGGCCAUGAGGUUAAACAGGCUCCAUGCAACGACAGUGGUACCCAGUCCCAAAACCAGAGAGGAGAAGGGUGAGGUCAAGCCCCACCAGAGAGUCCACCGCCUCUCCUCYGACGAAGGCCGUCCCAAGACAGCCACCUCAGAGAGCCGAAUCACCACCAUCCCUGAAAUCGCAGAGGCAUUUGAGAAAAGACUGAGCCUCAGAGAUAAGAAGACGAACUCUCUGAGUGGAGAAGUUCAGGAGCCUCACUGCAUGCAACGCUUCCACAAAGAGGAAGCUCGGAAGAUGGAGCAGAAUCUGCCUCGCAGGAGCAGCGACACGUCAGCGUCUCAGGAGAGGAGGAUCUCAGAUGAGAGGAGAAAUUCUGCAGAUGGACAAAUUCCCACGUUGAGGGAGCAGUACACGUUUCGUCGUCAGCUUUCCCUGCGAAGACAUCGCUGACAAUGUUCAGAGGAACUCAAGGUUUCUCCAAACACCAGGAUGUCCGGCAUGAACAUUUGUAAUUUUGUAAUCUGUUUGAAUCUUUUAUUCACACACACACACACACACACACACACACACA